AAAGUCAUAUGUAAUCCUUACUGAAUAUUUAUAUGAGGAUGAAGAACAAAAAUUUUAGAGCAAGGAAUCAAAUUAUCUAAUGCUUACUUCGAGGCAGGCAGAUAUCUUAUACAUGCAAACAUCAUAUCCUCAUUUAUGCAAAUUUAAUGCACCCUAUCUUCUCCUCACCUGCUUCUACCUAUAAAAGGACCCCAGUAUUCAUAUACCCAUCAGAAACCAACAUCUACUUUCUCAUCUUUGUCCCCAUUUAACCAAUUCUCAUCGUCAAACAAUGCCAACCUCCACCAUGGAUGAUGUGAUUUCCAAGGCUGAGAUGAUUGAGAUUGAGCCCACAACUGGUGUUGCUAUAAAGGGAGAAACACGUAAAGAAGAGAAAGGGUUGAAUGCCACAGAUCAUAACGGAGAGAAGUCUGCUGAAGAGCCAAAAACCGAGACAGCUGAAGAAGAAAUGCGAAACAGCGGGAAACAGCCGAUCGAUGGUGAUGUGCCUAAGGAAGAGGAAAAGAUAGAGGAGAAGGGGGAAUUUGAGACUGAACCGAAGACUGGGGUCUCAUUUCCAGUUAAGUUGGAUGACGGGAAGCAGUUGAAUGCUGUUGGAAUUAGGAAAAAAAGCAUGCUUGGCAUCGGCAUCAAGAUUUACGGUUUCGGGCUAUAUGCAGAUAAUGCGAGACUGAAGGAAAUUCUCGAAUCAAAAUUUGGGAAAGCACCUACAAAACCAACCGAAGAAAUGUAUCAAUUGGUGAUUGACAGUGAUGCGGGAAUGCGAGUGCGACUGGUGAUUGUGUUUUCUAACCUCACGAUGAGCAGGGUAAGGAAGAAUUUUGAUGAGGGUCUGGGAGCAUCAAUCAAAAAGCUCACCGGUGGAAAGAACGACGAGCUUGCAAAAAAGGUUAUGGGUGAAGCAUCAGAUGACAUAAAGUUUACAUCUGGUUCAGUAGUUGAGAUUUCUCGGCUUCCAGGAUACAUUCUCCAAACAAAAGUCAUGGGCGAGGUGGUGAGCAAGGUGGAAAGUGAACUCCUCUGCAGGGCCUUUAUCAACAUGUACCUUGGAGAUGACCCUUUUGACAAGGAAGCAAAAGAUAGAUUUGGAAUGUCUCUGAUUACUCUCUUCUAAAAGGAAAACUCCAAGAACUUCUAGCUUUGUUAAGGAAUAAGAUAUAUUGGUACCAUGUAGCAGCUGGAAAUUUGCUCAAUCAAGGAUAAGUAGAGAGGAAGUGUCGGUAUCCAAUGCCCAAUCUGAUAUCCAUUCAACAUGUCCCUCUAAAAUAGGUAUAACCUGAGGAUUUGUACUGUGAAUUUGUUAUUAUGAAAGCCAAAAAUCUUUCCCCAA